CUCAGAUGAUGGGGAUUAUACAGCGGUGUGUUGGAGGUGGUUUUUUGCAAAGUGCUGCUGGUCCGGCUGACAGUUCAAUGAACGCGCUGUGGAGGUUUGGCUGAGGAACUGUGCGCAGCAUGGGCACCGGGGAUUACAUCUGCGUAACGCUGCGGGGUGGUGCACCCUGGGGAUUCACCCUGCGAGAGGGAGAGGGGGACACCUACAGACCUUUCUUAGUCUCCCAGGUAGAGGAAGGAGGCCGUGCCUUUCUGGCAGGAGUGCAGGAAGGUGACGAGGUGGUGUCACUCAAUGGAGAGCCAUGUGCCGAUCUCACCCUUUUACGAGCCUUUGCGCUCAUCGACACAUCGAUGGACUGUCUGCAGCUGCUAGUCAAAAGAUACUGCACUACUCCCCCAGAACUCUAUGAAUCAGAAGAGACAUACUGUGGUCAGAGGGACUGCUCUGGUACAGCUUCAGAGAGCACCACCCUCCAUAUCUUCUCCCCAAAGCACAGGUCCCAAAGCCCAAGGGAGCUGUACAUAUCUGAAUCCCAGGACGAAGCCUACUAUGGGGAGUCAGAUAGUGACACAGUGUUUCCCAAGGGACCCCAGCUGCUUUGCACCCAGCUACAUCUACCCUCAUCUGGUGAUCGGAGAGGCCAGGAGCCUUUUUUUAAAGAAAAUGAUGAAGAAGUACGGCAGUGCUUCUCCCCAGGGGACAUGGUCGAGCUCCAGGUGUCCCUUUCUGAGCAAACAUUGGACGAUGUGGGCUGCACCUCUCUUGGGAGUGCUCUUGGGAUCCAGGGAGAACUCUCAAACAGAGAAUCUGUUGAGACAAUCCACAAAACCACCACAACACACUAUGUGCCGUGCUCUGUCAGAGAGCCGCUCGGACAGCACGGAGUGGUGCUCAGCUCUCCUUCGAUGCUGGGGCAGGUGGAGGUCAUUUUGCAGCAACCAGCAGCAUCAGGAGCAGGGAGGGGCAUCCUGAGUGUGGGUGGCCCCAGGGUCAGUGGAAGUGUUGGAUCCCAAAGCGAAGGAGAAGAAGGCGGAGGGCACUGUGAGGUAGUUCCUGGGUCUUAUACUGUCUCAUUUGGAAUUCCCUCAGAAGAGGCGGCAGCAGCAGAAGAGCAGGACUCUGGUUCUGAGGGGGAUCAAGACAAACCCAACAAGCAUCGGGCAAAACACGCCAGGCUCAGGCGUAGCGAGAGUCUCUCUGAGAAGCAGGUGAAAGAGGCCAAGUCCAAAUGUAAACGUAUUGCUCUCCUUCUUACGGCUGCUCCACCCAACCCCAACAACAAGGGGGUGUUGAUGUUCAAGAAACAUCGGCAGAGGGCCAAGAAAUACACACUUGUAAGCUACGGCACAGGAGAAGACGAACCAGAGUACAGCGACGAAGACGAGGAAAACGAAGACGACAAACAAGAAACCCACACUGUUGAAUUUACCCUUCUGGCUCCUAGUGAUUCUGACAAGCAUUUCCUUACUAAUGCCCAUAGUAGCAAAGGUGUGCUAACCAUCAACUGGGACAAGGGUCUCCUUGAAAUUGAAAGGAACCUGAACAACCAAGCAGAGAUGGAAUGUUUGCCUGAAACCAAGGGAAAGGGUGCCCUAAUGUUUGCUCAACGGCGUCAGAGAAUGGAUGAGAUUUCUGCUGAACAUGAGGAGCUUAGGCGCCACGGGAUGCCAGUGGAAGGGGUGCCGGAGGCUGAAAAGAAGAUAGCGGAACACUCCUACAUGCAGUCCACAACAGAGGGCCAUGCUUACAUGGAUGUAAAUAUACACCAACAAAGCCAACAGCAACAACAGUACCAGCAAUAUCAGGAGCAGCAGUACUAUGCGCAACAACAGAACUACCAACAACAACAAUACCAACAACAGUAUCAGCAGCAGCAGUAUGAACAACAACAUUAUCAACAACAGCAAAUGUAUCAGCAGCAGCAGCAGCAAGAAUAUCAAGAGCAACAGCAAAUGCAGCACUAUUCUACAAACAUCAAUGGCACAGUCCAACAUCAAACCAGUGAAAUGCAGAGUUCUUUCAACAAUAGUACUGCAAAGCCUUUCUCAGCAGAAAACAUGGCGGCUACCCCUUAUUCUCCCGCAAUGAGUGGGACCAAUCAAGAUUCCGUGGGCCAAGGAGAGCAGAUAGCUUCCCGCGAUGAGCGCAUUUCUACCCCUGCAAUUAAGACUGGCCUUUUGAUGGAUGCAAGGAAAAGAAACACUGGCAAACCUAUGUUCACUUUUAAGGAAGCACCAAAAGUGUCACCGAACCCAGUAUUGCUAAACCUUCUCAACAGGAGUGAUAAGAAGUUGGGUUUUGAGUCAGGACCUGAGGAAGACUACCUUAGCCUUGGGGCUGAGGCUUGUAAUUUUCUCCAGGCUUCAGUUAAACACAAGAUUCCACCACCAGUGGCUCCAAAGCCUAUGAUCAAUCCCAACUCUCCUCCUUGGUCCCCACAGAUAGAAGAGACCAACCAGGACAUGCCUCAACAAGCUGAAAAUAGUGUAUCCACACCUGCUGCAGCCCCCACCACAGAGAGUGCCUCUGCUCCUGAACUAGAGCCAACCCCUGCACCUGCCCCUGAGCCCUCCCCCCCUCCUGCCCCUCAGGAGGCUCCUGCCAGCACAACCACAAAGGAACAGCACACAUGGACUCCCCCAGAGCCUGAAUCUCAACAACAGCCUCUGCAAGUGACAGCUCAAGAUGAAAAUGGUCAUAUGAAUUCUAGCCUGCAGCCAGAGCCUGCUCCUGUGACUAACUGGGCUGCAGCACAAACACAAGCACAACAGCCACCAACUAAUUCUUGGCAUCCAGCUCAAGUGCAGCCCCAGGAACCACGUCCAAGUCAGUCCCCAACACAGCCACCUUGGGUGACACGUCAGCCUACUCAGACCCAAGCACAGCCUCAAACCUCGACAAAUACUUGGACGCCUCAAAUUCAGCCAUCUUGGAGUCAAGAGCAGGCACAAGCCCAGACACAUGCUCAGCAAUCCUGGGCCCAGCCUCAAGAGCAGUUACAGGUUCAGCCACAGGUUCAGCCACCCUGGACACACUCUCAUGAGCAGCCAAAUCUGCAGCAGAUGCAACCAACUUGGGUUCAACCUCAAGAACCAAUGCAACAGCAGCCCCAGCCCCCAUGGGUACAGCCAUCACAAACAGACUCUCAGCAUCAACCACCAUGGGUGCAACAACCCCAGCAAAAUUCCCAAGCACAACCUCCUUGGGUUCAACAGGUUCAGCCAGAAUCCCAGCAACAACCACCAUGGGUUCAGCAACCACAACACCAGGCUCUACAGCAAGCAUGGCCACAGGCCCAAGCACAAGGUCAGCCACAACCACCUUGGGUCUCAGCUCAGCCCCAGCAGCAACAGCAACCCUCAAUUAAUGUAUGGUCUCCAUCACAAACUCAAGCCCAGGUUCAGCCACCUUGGAUCCAAGCAGCCCAAGCACAACCUCAGCCACAGCCCCAAGCCAAUUUAAAUCCAUGGGCGCCAGUGCCUACCCAGGCUCAGUCCCAACCCUCAUGGGCCCAGCACCCUUCGGAACAUGGUCAGCACCCCAUGGGUUCUUGGGCCCAAGAGCAAAAUCAGGCCCAACAUCAACCACCUUGGGCUCAAACAGUUCCACCCCAGUCCACACCACAGCCAAACUGGCAACAGUCGACUUCAAAGACUCCAUCACAGCCACCAAUAAAUACAUGGCCUUCAGCUCAGACACAACCUCAGACACCUGUUAAUACCUGGGCACCACAAUCACAGCAAACACCUGUGAAUGUUUCCCCGUCAAUGGUUAACACUCGUCCCUCUCCAAAACCUUGGCAUCCACCACAAAAUGCCCCACAAAACCGGACCCCUCCACCUCCUCCACCGCGAAUGCAGUCUUUUACCAUUGGUCAAAGAGCUUUAUCACCCAUCAACCCAAUGGCCACUGUCUUAAACCCAUCAUCCCAAGGUUCAGCGUUUGAGAUGCCAGCAGUCAAAGGGAAAGGAGCUGAUAUGUUUGCCAAGAGGCAAUCUCGUAUGGAGAAGUUUGUUGUGGACUCUGAGACUGUUCAAGCAAACAAAGCCAGCCGGCCAACAUCGCCAGUUGCUUCCUUACCAAACGAGUGGAAAUAUACACCCAAUGCACUUGGCAGGAGCUACUCCCUCUCCCCAUCAGCCAGAGUACCAUCCACGGGCCAGAAGUCAGCUUCGGCUUCUUCCUCCCCAAAGCCUCCAGCUCGGGGCUUCUCAUCUCCCUUAGCAAGGCAGACCUCCUGGCUGGAGAAGGGCCACAAACCCCCUACGCCCUGGGAGGCUGCCUCUCGGCAUCCAAUGGGCCUGGUGGAUGAAGCAUUUGCUUUCCAGAACCUCCAGCAAACCCUCGCCUCAAACGUCCGCCUGGCAGCCCAGCGCAAAAUGCUGCCCGAGCCCCCAGCAGAGUGGAAGGCCAAGGUUUCUUACCAAGCCCCGCAGAAAACAGGCAGCCACACCUGGAGUCAGAGCCAAAGCCGCAGUUAUAGUCGAGCUCCACUACCAUCAUUUGUGUCCCCAACACGGAGCAUUGUCUCCACUCCUGCCAGUCAUGCUGGUUACAGGUCUCUACCCAGACAGUGGCAGCCUCAGAGGUCUGUGGCAGAGGCAAAUCUGGGCCCCUCAGUUUCCUACUCUGAGCACAAGAGGCCCAUGGGGAAGCAAGCUUACAAGUCUGUGUACACCAGCAACACUUGGAGUUGGAAGCGGUAGGAGUCAACCUGUGUGACCUUAAAUGAGUAAAAUCCUAUUACUUACUGAUUUUAUAACAGAUUCAAGUGCAGUUAGAGCAUUUCCUAUAACAAUAACAACAAUAUGGUGUGUGAGGAGAGUGAGCUAAUGUAUGAUGAAGUGGACAUUUGGAAAGAUUGCUGGAUUUCUCCUGGUUUUGACAUGCUAACAGCGUUUUAAAAACAUGCUUUGUACUUUUUGAUGUUGAAUCUUUAAUAUAAAAUAUUUUAGAUGAAAUCUAUGCAUGCCAUAAUCAAAUGUGAAAAUAGAUGAUUACUUCAACAAUGUAUGGAGACAUUAUACCAUUAACAUUUAACUGACAACUUUUGAGCUUGGUUAAUACACUGAAGUGGGCCUGUUAUUCAUUAGAUGAGGCAAUGAGUAUGUUGUUUAGAAUGGAUAUAAUAGAUCUGAAUGGACAUGUUUGGUACAAAAUAAGUGGAGAGAUUUGAAGGAUUGUAUCGUAACCGUAUAUCUGGAGAUAACUAUAAAUGUUGACUGUUCAGUGAACCUCUCAGAAUAUACAAAAUAGGUGAUUAUGGGGUCCUGAGAAAAGAGAUAUGUGAGGAUACUGAAAGAGAGAAAGAAGCAGUGACCUACCCAUCAUAUAGUAUAUAAGUUGCUUUACCUCUUGAAUUGUUGUCAGCUUGUGGAUGGAGUUUCUGUUCAUACUUUUUAAAUUUUCUGCUGUGGAUGUAUGUAUCUAGCAUGCUGGUUCUUGCAGUGAUGGUGCACUUAUUUUUGGAUGGUUUUGUUUGAUUUUUAAUCCGUGAAACUUGAGUGUGGUGGAGAACUCGUUUCACUGUCAGAAUACAAUUAGAGAUGCAUUAGAAGUGAGGCUUAAAACUUGGAGAAAGGUUAGUGCUAUAACUCAGAAUGUUGUGGGCGGACAUGUCGUUAUGUAAGCUCUAAUAAGUGAGAUUAAUUCACGUAUUUACCAGGUGCAUUUUAAUUAGCGCAUUAGCAUGUGGCCAUUAACUACUCAGAGAGAGGGAGAAGAUGAGAAGCAGAAACUAGGACAUCUUUUCUCCCGUUACAGUUUUCCAAGACCUUUUCUUUAGGAAUCUGGAAUGAUUUGUCACAUUGCAGCACACAGUAUGUAGAUGGAAAAUGGGGUUUAGUUGGGGGUAAAAGAUAACUUGAGGAAUGUCCUAAUUACGGCUACAAAAAAAGAUUGUUUUAGUUUAUGAUAGGUUUACUGACACUGGGAGAAUUGCUUACAGUAUGUAAUGGGUUUGUGGCUUGUGCUUGGUUUGGGAUUUUGCUAUAAACUUGUAAUCAUCUCCAAAGAUAAAAGCAAUGUUGGUGUUUCCACAGAGCGUACAUAAUGUCCUAAUGUGAUUCUCACCAAGCAGUCUCAUAAACAUAAAUAAGAUUUAUCACACAGCAUUGUGUUGUGUCUCAGCUGCCUCACUGAGCAUCAUACAAUAGUGUAUCUGUGAUAAUUACACUGUAUUGCUUAUUAUGGUAACAAUACAAUACCAGUAAUCAAUUUCUUUUCCAAACUAAUUCAGAUAUGGAUUCAAAUAAAGGGUAAAUGAAAAUAAAUACAGACAAAUAACACUA